AUGAAGCAUUUUGCCGUGGUCUUUCUUUUGGCCAUUCUGGUCCCUCAGGAGUGUUUCCAUGCCACCGUGGAAGCAAGAGAUGGUUUCGUCAGAACCAGAGGCAUCCACUUCACGCUGAAUGGAUACCCUUACUAUGCAAAUGGCUUCAACGCCUACUGGUUAAUGUAUACAGCUUCUGACCCAUCUCAGAGAUUCAAGGUUUCAAAUGCCUUCCGAGAAGCAACAAGUCAUGGCCUUACUGUUGCUAGAACUUGGGCCUUCAGUGAUGGUGGUUAUAGACCCCUACAAUAUUCCCCUGGCUUCUAUAACGAGCAAAUGUUCACGGGGCUGGAUUUCGUUAUAUCUGAGGCCAGAAAGUACGGAAUUAAGCUCAUACUGAGCUUGGUGAACAACUAUGAAAACUUUGGAGGCAAGAAGCAGUACGUGAACUGGGCUAGAAGCCACGGACAGUACCUUACUUCAGAUGAUGAUUUCUUCAGGAGCCCUGUUGUUAAGGGUUACUACAUGAACCAUGUCAGGACUGUUCUUAACAGAUACAACAGAUUCACCGGUACCCAUUACAAAGAUGACCCAACAAUCAUGGCGUGGGAGCUUAUGAACGAGCCUAGGUGUACAUCGGAUCCUUCAGGAAGGACUAUUCAGGCGUGGAUCACGGAAAUGGCCUGGUUUGUGAAGUCCAUAGACAGGAACCACUUAUUGGAAGCAGGACUGGAAGGGUUUUAUGGUCAAUCAACACCACAGAGAAAAAGAUUGAAUCCAGGUUUCGACAUAGGCACAGACUUCAUUGCAAAUAACCGAAUCCAAGCCAUUGAUUUUGCAACAGUCCACUGUUAUCCCGACCAAUGGGUAUCGAGCUCAAACGAGCAGGAUCAGCUUUCGUUCUUGAACAACUGGCUCAGUGCUCACUUCGUCGACGCACAAUACACCAUAAGGAAACCGAUUCUGGUGGCAGAAUUUGGGAAAUCGUUUAGAGGUUCGGGGUACGAGGCGUACGAAAGGGAUCAAGUGUUCAAUGCAGUGUAUUACAAAAUAUACGCUUCGGCUAAGAGAGGAGGAGCUGCAGGGGGGGCUUUGUUCUGGCAGCUUCUCACCGGGGGAAUGGAAUCUUUCCAAGACGGGUAUGGAAUCAUGCUUGGGCAGAGUUCCUCUACGGGUGAUCUCAUUGCGCGCCAGUCUCGGAAGCUGUAUCUGAUUCGGAAGAUCUUCGCGAGGGUGGCGAACAUGCGGCGAUGGCGAAGAUCCAGAGCCAAGAGAGGAUUUUCUGGCUCUGGAGGUGGGAACGGAGCAUUUUGUGGCGCUGAACUUCCUUCAGAAACAUCUAAUCUGGAGUUGGAUUCAAGAGCUAAUGACUUCAGCCAGUAUUGUCAUAAACAAGUUUCAGUUGAUAACCAGGCAACAUGA